AUGACGGGAGUGCAGUUAAUGGACCACAGCCGGGUGGCUCCGGCGAUAGCAGGAGCGGCGGCGGUGGCCCCGCCGGCGUUCAGCGGUGACAAGGCGGAUUCUGACGGUGGCGGCAGCGGCGGUGAAGCGGAUCAAAACGAUGGGAUGAGGACGCCUGAGCGCGGCGAGAACGCCGAGCGGGCGGAGGCGCCUUUGCGGAGGGCAAGGGUGUCCGUGCGCGCACGGUCCGAGGCCCCAAUGAUCAGAGAUGGAUGCCAAUGGAGGAAGUAUGGACAGAAGAUGGCCAAGGGUAACCCAUGCCCCAGAGCUUACUACCGCUGCACAAUGGCCACAGGAUGCCCAGUCAGGAAGCAGGUGCAACGGUGCGCGGAGGACAAGGCGGUGCUGAUCACCACGUACGAGGGCACGCACAACCACCAGCUGCCGCCGGAUGCGGCGGCGAUGGCCAAGACGACCUCCGCCGCGGCGGCCAUGCUCCUGUCGGGCCCGGCCGUCAGCCACGACGCGGGCGCGCUCUUCGCCGGACACCACGUCGCGGCCCCGGCGCUGCUCUUCCAGUACCACCACCCCUACGCGUCCGCCAUGGGCGGCGCACGCUCCACCAUCACCCUUGACCUCACGCACUCGCCGCCGCCGGGGGCGGCGGCGGCGGCUGCCGCGGGCCUGCUCCAGCACUACCGUCAGCUGUCACCCAUCCCCGCCAUGCCGCCGUUCACGAUGUACGGCUUCCCUGCUGCCUCUGGGCACAGGCCGGCGGCGACGCUGUUGGGUUUGGAGGCGCCGGUCGGCGCUGGAGACCAUGACUGCCGCGAUCACCAGCGACCCCAACUUCACCACGGCCCUGGCGGCCGCCCUGUCAAAUCAUCCGGAUGCUGA